AUGGUGAUGUUCAAGAAGGUGAAGACCUUUGUGAUGUCCUUCAGCGAGCCUGAGAAGAUCUACUGCAGCGGGGAGAAGGUGGCCGGGCGCGUGUUGGUGGAGGUGGCCGAGGUCACUCGCGUUAGCGCCGUCAAGGUGCAGGCCUGCGGAGUGGCCAAAGUCAACUGGGCCAAGGGCCCUCAGCAGUGCCGGCAGGAGAUGGAGUACCUGCGCUUCGAGGAUGUCCUCACCCUGGAGGAACAGCCCACUGAUGAUGACGGCUCUGUAAUCCUCAGACCUGGGAACAAAUACGAGUACAAAUUUGGAUUCGAGCUUCCCCAGGGGCCUCUGGGCACCACCUUCAAGGGCAAGUACGGCUGUGUGGAUUAUUGGGUGAAAGCCUUCCUGGAGCGCCCGUCCUUCCCCACCCAGGAGGUGAAGAAGCGCUUCGAAGUGAUGGAUCCCGUGGACGUGAACACUCCUGAAUUGCUGUCCCCGGUGGCGGCCAAGAAGGAGAAGAAGGUGUCGUGCAUGUUCAUUCCCGACGGCCGUGUGUCGGUCAGCGCGCAGAUCGACAGGAAGGGCUUUUGUGAAGGUGACGACAUCUGCAUCAACGCCGACUUCGAGAACACGUGCUCCCGCAUCGUGGUGCCCAAGGCGGCCAUCGUGUCCAAGCACACCUACCUGGCCAACGGGCAGACCAAGGUCUUCACCCAGAAACUCUCCUGCGUCCGCGGCAACCACAUCAUCUCAGGGAUGUCCGAGUCCUGGCGCGGCAAAACCAUCCGCGUCAAGAAGCUCAAACCGUCCAUCCUGGGCUGCAACAUCCUGCGCGUCGAGUAUUUCCUGCAGAUCUAUGUCAGCGUCCCCGGCUCCAAGAAGAUCAUUUUGGAGCUGCCCCUCGUCAUCGGCAGGCGGCCCGGGGUCGGCAGCUCCAGCUCCAGCAUGGCCAGCCAGAUGAGCUCCGAGAUGAGCUGGGUGGACCUCAACCUCCCUGAUGCCCCAGAAGCACCCCCGUGCUACCUGGACAUUGUUCCUGAAGACCACCGCCUGGAGAGCCCCACCACGCCGCUCCUGGAGGACACGGACGGCUUCGACAGCCCCAUCUUCAUGUACGCCCCCGAGUUCAAGUUCAUGCCACCGCCCACCUACACUGAGGUGGACCCCUGUGUGGCCAACAACAACGUCCAGUGA